CAGUAUGACAUGCAGAUGAGUGCCGUCGAUCUUAGAAUCACCGCACACUUCACUCAUUUGGGCAGUCACGGGGCCAAAACCAGAGUAUGGAGCCACAGUGUGGCGGUGGAGGCAGCAGCAAUGGGAGGCCAUACAGCACCCUAUGACAAAAUGGAACCCACCAGCAGUGUGAGGAGACCUGAAAGUGGCACAUGGCAGAGUGUGGCGAUGGAGACAGCAGCAAUGGGAGGCCGUACAGGGACCCAUGACACACUCUGGACCUGGCAGCAGCAUGAGGAGGCGGUACAGGGGCCCAUGACAGAUUACGGGCCUGGCAGCAGCAUGAGGAGUCGGUACGGAAGCCCAGAGGCCUAUGUUAAAAAGUCCCCCCAGCAGCAGCGUGGGGAG